CAUCGGGACAAAGUGAGUGGGUGAACCCGGAAGCAUCAACCGCGUUUCACAUCCCACCGCUCAAAUCCUGCAAGUCGGCGAUUCGUGGCCUUUACGCUCCCUCCUGCCUCCUUGUUUGCUGAUUCCAAUAUAUCUCACCCUUUCUCUCUCAAACCGCUAAAGCCAACACCGAACACCAGAGGUCUUCAAUUUUUCAUUUUUCUUCUGCGCAGGGUUAGGUUUCAAUCCUUUAACAACUUAAGCCAGCCAUGAGUUCCGCAGGGUCAACCAAGGGAGGCAGAGGCAAGCCUAAGUCAUCCAAAUCCGUGUCUAGAUCUCAAAAGGCCGGUCUGCAGUUCCCCGUCGGUCGAAUCGCCCGUUUUCUCAAAGCUGGAAAGUACGCCGAUCGCGUGGGUGCCGGCGCUCCUGUCUAUCUUUCCGCCGUCCUUGAGUACCUUGCUGCUGAGGUUCUUGAACUUGCUGGCAAUGCAGCAAGGGACAACAAGAAGAACCGUAUUGUUCCAAGGCACAUUCAGCUAGCUGUGAGGAAUGAUGAGGAGCUUAGCAAACUAUUGGGAACAGUUACCAUUGCAAAUGGUGGUGUUUUGCCCAACAUCCAUCAGAAUUUGUUGCCAAAGAAAAUUGGAAAAGGGAAGGGUGAUAUUGGUUCUGCGUCUCAGGAGUUUUAAGAGUAUUUAAUAUGUGAGAUUAAUGUUUUCAAGAUUUCAUAAGUUGGCUGAGAGUGGGAUCAGAGACCAGUUUUUGCCUGUGAAUUGUGAACGCAUAAAUUUUUCGGUAGGGAUCAUGAUUGAAUGCAGGAAAGGAAGCGAUUUUGUCAUAAACCAUCUAUACGUGGUGGUAUUGAACUUUUGAUUUAUAUUAUCAAUGGAAAUUAUGUUUUUAUGUUCUUAAA